AUUACAAUUUAAUGUAGGCCUGGAGCCAGUUGUCUCUGAACCUUGUUUGACAGUUAUGACAUCUAAAUUUCCCCGUAUAUUGAGCUACGAUAGCGAUCAUUGCCGGAAACAGAAUAAUCAUUGCCCUUCACAGUCGCCAGCUAUUGUGGGGCGUUGGCGCUGGCGCCGAAAAAUGCGCGAUUGGCCGGCGAUCGGACGGAUGUUAUGAGCCAGCCGAAUAAGUCGCAGAGCGCCUUCAACCCCAAUGAGGACUACAGCACGACCUUGCAGAAUAUGACCCGUGAGUUCGAAGAGCGCUGGAACCAACCGACACCAUCGCCCAGUAGCAACCUCCAGAACUACGAGCAGAGGGGCGUCCUUGGACACGGCAGCUUCGGCACUGUGCUUCUGGUCAAAGAGAAAAAGGGGAAAAACUACUUUGCCGCCAAAAUGAUGAGCAAGGAUUUGCUGGUUGCGCACAAACAGGUUCAGCAUGUCCACAACGAGAAACAUGUGCUGAGUGCCACCCGAUUCCCCUUCCUCAUUCACCUGGUGGACUCGUCGAAGGACAAUGACUAUCUCUACUUGAUUCUGCCGGUCGUCAGCGGCGGUGAGCUUUUCACCUACCUUCGCAGGGUGCGCAAGUUUAACGAGAAACAGGCGCGCUUUUAUGGCGCCCAGGUGGUGCUGGCUUUAGAGUACUUGCAUCAGAUGCACCUCAUUUACCGCGACCUGAAGCCCGAGAACAUCCUGCUGGACAUGCGCGGUUACAUUAAGCUCACGGACUUUGGAUUUGCAAAGCGCGUGGAUGGUCGGACGUCUACCCUGUGCGGAACUCCGGAAUACUUGGCGCCGGAGAUCGUGCAGCUGCGGCCGUACAACAAGUCGGUAGACUGGUGGGCCCUUGGCAUCCUCAUCUAUGAGUUUGUGGCAGGUCAUUCGCCCUUCUCCGACUAUAGCCACGAUGUUCUUUUGAUGUACAACAGGAUAUGCAACAAGGACUACAAGAUGCCCCACUUUUUCACCAACAUGCUGAAGAGCCUUGUGGAUGACUUCUUGCAGGUGGAAUUCUCGAGGCGUUUAGGAAACUCUAACGAAGGCGCCAUCGAUGUGAAGACUCAUCCCUGGUUCCAGGGCAUCGAAUGGUUUGCGAUGCUUAAUCAGGAGGUUCCACCGCCGUACAAGCCGACUAUCAGCGGAGAUGAGGACCUUUCCAACUUCCAGAACUUCCGUAUGGAGGAGAAACUGAAGUCCAAAAAUAAUCGGCAUCCCGAACUGUUUGCUAAAUUUUAGGUUUUAAUUUCUGAGCUACCUUAUUCAUCAUUUAUUAAGAAUGUAUUUUUUACAAUUUAUUGUACUAUUGUUGUACACUAAAAAAUGAAAAUAAGUAUUAAUUGAGAUGAACCGAGAA